AUGCGACUGCGACUCCCAAAAGAUUUAGUGUUAUGCUCGAUGCUUCUCAACAAAAUGGAUCGAGUCGGGUACGAUGGAAAAAAUCGACUGACUGAGAAAGGAGGAAGAAAGGGAGAAGGGUUUCCAAUUAUACCCUUGCCCUACCAAAGGAAGAAAUCAGCGACUCCAUCGUUUCUUCUCCUACUUCAACGCCAAAUUUUUUCUCCCGCAACAACCAAUCGUCGACGACCCUCUACUCAUUUGUUCCAAUUUUUUGAAGUCUCCUUCCCCUUCUCAUCAGGUACGCUUCUUCCUUUUUCCUCUUCUCAUCAGGCCCUGUGUUCAAUUUCAUCAUAUUUCUUUUGUUUUAGACUUGUGCUCAAUUUCAAGGAGGGAGACAAGGACUCCAUUAGAGGUGAAGAUGAUGGGAAUGAUUCAGAAUUUUCAAAUUAUUCUGACGAUAACCCUCAACAUCAAAGAAAACCUAGUUCCUUAAACCCAUCGUGGCCUCAAAGUUACAGGGAAUUUGAGAUUUUGCCAAAUCAGCGCUCUGAUCAUCUCUCCCUUUCUCCGAAUCUAUCCCUAUCUUCUUCUCUAAUACAAUUCCCGAAAUGGAGUUCGAAUCCAACAAUAUUUCUGAAGACAACAAUUGCGGAAGCAGCGGAGAAGAUCGAUGUCGACAACCUGGCUAGUUUUCUGUUGGAGGUGACGACUUCAUUCGAGGCACAACAAGAUAUACAGUUGAUGAGGUUUGCCGACUAUUUUGGACGUGCAUUUUCUAGCGUGACUGCUUCACAAUUUCCCUGGGUGAAGUUAUUGAGAGAAUCUCCUGUUGCUAAGGUUGCAGAUAAUCCUGUGUCACAUAUUCCUGAGGCUGUUUACAAAACCUCAGUUGAUUGGAUCAACAAACUAUCCAUGGAAGCCCUUAGUUCUUUUCUCCUUUGGUCCUUAGACAGCAUUCUUGCUGACUUUGCAAUUCAACAAGGUGGCUCAAAGGGAUCCAAGAAAGUUGCCCAAAAAACACCCUCAAAAUCUUAG